AUGGAUGGCGUACAGGGUCCCCCCCCCGAGGGCCCGAUUGCCUCGAUCGCAGAACCGGGCAUCAAGGCCGACGGCCAGCUGCUGUUCGACCUGCGGCGCGAGGUCGCCAAUCUCUUGCAUCGCAACCAGACCAGCUUCCCUGGCGCGCAGCCCGUCAGCUUCGCGCGGAAACAUGUUGAUGAGCUACGGAAUAAAGACUACUAUGUUUGCGAAAAGUCAGACGGCAUCCGGUAUCUGCUGUACCUCACGGAAGACGACGGCCGGGAGAUCCACUAUCUAAUUGACCGCAAGAACGACUACUGGUUCAUCAAGAACAGCAGCUUCCACUUCCCGCGCAAGGACGACCUGACAAAGUUCCACACGCGCACGCUGAUCGACGGCGAGCUGGUCAUGGACGACACGGGCAAGGGCACAAAGGAACCGCGCUUUCUAGUGUUUGACUGCCUCGUGCUCGACGGGCAGGACCUCAUGUCACGGACGCUCGACAAGCGCCUCGCCUACUUCAACGAGAACAUUUACAAGCCCUACCGAGAUUUAUUCAAGCAGUACCCGGAGGAGCGGGACUUCCAGCCGUUUUUGGUGGAGAUGAAGGCCAUGCAGCUGAGCUACGGCAUUGAGAUGAUGUUUCGCGAGAUUUUGCCCAAGCUGCGGCACGGCAACGACGGGCUUAUAUUCACGUGCGUGAGCAGCGACUACAAGCACGGCACCGACCCGCAUAUUUUGAAAUGGAAGCCGCCAGAAGAGAACACGGUCGACUGCCGGCUGCGGAUGACCUUCCCCACGGUACAGCCGGGCGAGGGGGACGACGACGUCGAGGGGCCCUUUGUCGAUUAUGAGGCGGUCCCGCGGUCCGAGCUGUGGAGCUUCAUGGGCGACGGGCGGUACCAGUACUUUGCCGACGUGCACAUCACCGAGGACGAGUGGGAGGUCCUCAAGGGUCUGGGCGACCCGCUCAACGACCGCAUCGUGGAGUGUCACAAGGACGACCUGGGACGGUGGCGCAUCAUCCGGUUCCGCGACGACAAGUCGGAGGCUAAUCACAUUUCUACGAUCAAGAGCGUCAUGGAGAGCAUCGAGGACCGCGUCACGGAGAAGGACCUCGCUGAGGCGGCCAAGGGCAUCAAGGAUAAUUGGAAGACGCGGAAUGCCAAGCGGUAG